AUGAGUUGUAAUUUGGUCUCCAGAAUUAUUUUUUAUUUAUUUUGCUUAAUCUUAAUUAAUGUUGUAUCUAUUUAUGGACAUAAUUUGUUAUGUCGAAAUUGUGGUAAUUUAAUUACAAAUGAUCGAGCUAUAAUUGAUAAAAAUAGCCCAUUAAAUAGUGGAAGAUAUAUACAAAAUGUUGUUGGUGUAAAUGCAUCAAUACAAAAAUUUAUCAAUCCUGCAAAUGAUGAAUUUUCUGUUAUGACUGUUAAUGGAGCUACAUUAAUGUAUCAUGGUGAUCCUAGUUUUGAAGCGACAUGGUACCCUAAUUAUCAAUGGACAGUUUGUUUGUGCAGAAAAUGUAGAAAACAUAUGGGUUGGUAUUUUUCAAAACCUAGGCAGGAGAAGGAUGGAUUUAUAGGUUUGAUAUUAGAUAGAUUAAUUAGUGAAGCUUAUGUAGAUCAAAUGAUCUUACCUCCUGGAAUAGAUGAAUAA